ACCAAUCCACCAACCACAGGAUGGCCAAAACUCCCAAACCAAAGCCCCGUCCAGCACCCCGCUCCCGUGCCGCAAAGCGCGCCCCGUCGCCCACAAUUACAAUUCCGCUCCCGCGCCCCGAGGAAAAACCCACCAGCGAAAAACUAGCCGCACUAUCCGCCCGCACAGCGGAUAGCGGCAGAGUGCAGAAACGCAAGGGGGGGAAGACGCUUUCCAGGCAGAAGCGCAGGAGGAAGGAGGCCGCGAUGGAUAAGGCUGGCGCAGUACUAGAGAAGUUGGAGAGGAAGAGGGAGGCCAGUGCCCGGAAGGGGGGGGUUGUUAAGGGGAGGAAUACGGAUUGGGAUAAUUUGAAUGAUAUGAUUGAAGAAGAGGUUGAGAAGGCGGUUGAAGGGGGGGAGGAGAUUUUGGUGAAAUAGGGGUGUAAUAUGUGGGCGUUCUCGGGCGUUCGGCGGUAUAGAUGACUGUAAUAUAUUUCGUUCAACAAAAAUUUUGAGUUUAUAUGGCACUAAAUU